AUGAAUUCCUAUGGCAUGCCGCCAGGAGGCGGCCCGACCGGUGGUCCCGGUGGUGGUAACCCGCUGGGUAACAUGCCGGGCGUGGAUCGCCAAGAGAACGACAAUUUCAACAGCCAGCAGCCGCAGCAACAGUUUGAACAGCAGCAGGAGCAGGAGCAGGAGCAGGAGGAGCACGAGCAGCAGUCGCAGCAAUCGCAGCAGGAGCAAGCGGAGCAAUCAGAGGAGGAGAAGGAGGUACAGGUAGACGGAGGGGAGGCAGACAGACAGGUGGAUAUAGCCGCCAUCGCCACGCCCAGCACGGGAGUCUCACCAGCCAGAGGAGCCAAUCAUAAGGACGUGCGCAACGUGGAAGACGAGGGGCGCGCGCUGCUGGCGCUGGGGGAGGCGGAGCUGCGCGCGCUGCUGGCGGAAGCGGAAGCCGCGCGCGAGGCAGCGAUCCGCGCUGAGGUGGCGCGCGCAGCGGCUCUUGUGGCGCGCGUGGAGGUGGGGAGGGCGCGCGCGGAGUUUGACGCGGAGAGGCAGCAGCUGCUGGCGGCGGAGGCAUUGCUCAAGAGUCAACUGGCGGGCGCACUGGAAGAGGUGAGGAGCAAGGAGGAGGAGAUGCAGCGAGUGAAGGAGAGGGCGGAAGAGGCGGAGCAGCAGGUGGCCGCACACCAGAACGAGAUGAAGGAACGGGUGUGGCAGAAGGAAGGUGUUAUUCGAGAGAAGAACUCCGAAGUGGCAGCCUUGAGGCGCGAGCGGGACGGGGCAGUGGCGGAGAGCAAGGCGCAGGCGAGUCAGAGGGAGGCGGAGAGAGCAGAGAUGGGCGCGCAGAUGGAGAGGCUCCAGAGCCAAGUGGCUGACGCGGAGCAGCGCCUGAGAGACACUCAGAACCAGCUGCGGCUGGUGCAGGAGGAGUUGUGGCAGAAAGAGGACGCGGUGAAGGAGGCGCAGGGGUGGGCGGCGCACGGGCAGGACAUGGAGGCCCACGUGGCAGCCAUCACAGCAGCCAAUCAGAGCCUGCAUGGCGAGCUCAGGGAGCGCACGGACCAGUGCCACCACCUGUUUGCUGUCACGCACCAACUCAGGCAGCAGCUGGCGGAGAGUGAGCGGUACCACAUGCAGCUGAUGCAGCGCCUGCACAUGGAGAACACGGACCUGCGCUCCAGGCUCGGCGCCCUCCCUGCCGCUGCUUCGGGUGCAGGCACGGCAACAGGAGCAGGAGCAGCGGGUGUUGGCACAGCAGGAGGCACAGGGAAUGCAGGAGGCACAGCGAUUGCAGGAGGGCAGGCAGCAGCAGUAGCAGCAGCAGCAGCAGGCGCUCUGGGGGCAUCAGGAGGGAGCGGUGCAGGGGGCACGGGUGCAGGAAGAGAAGCAGGAGGGGUUGUGCAAGGAGCUGGGGUAGCGUUGGGUGGCGUGGGUGGUGCUGGUGGCAGCAAGGACGGAAAGGUGAGAACGAAGCAGCAGCAGCACAGACAGAGCGAAGCAGCGGCGGCACAGUCAGGACAGGUCCACCCGCCCAUGGCGCCUCAUGCCUACCUCAUCCGCCCACACAUGCCCCACCCCUUCUACGCUGCACCCAUGCAAACCGUCCCCACACCCAUACAACCUGGCCCCACACCCAUGCAACCCGUGCCUAUGCUUGUUCCUCACUCCGCCUCUCCCCCAGCCCUGCAUCCUCUGCAUCCACACCCCUCCACUCUCCCGCCUGCCGCCUACCCACCUGCUGGUAUGCAAGGGCAAGGAUUACAGGCAGCAGGGGUGCAGCAGACAGGGAUUGCGGUUACAGGGUUACCAGAGCAGAACCAGCUGCACAUGCAGAAUCAGGGGCAGGGGCAAGCACAUGCGCAGGCACCAAAACCGCAGGGGCAACAGCCAAGUCAGCAGCAGCAGCAGCAGCAGCCGCAGCAGCAGCAGCAGCAGCAGCAGCAGCAGCAGCAGCAGCAGCAGCAGCCGCAGCAGCAGCAGCAGCAGCAGCAAGCGGUGGUGAUGCAUCACAUCACCCACCCCAUGAGCAACCAGCCUCUCCCCCUUGACCCCACCUCAUCCCAGCAGCAGCAGCAUGCGAGCAGCCUUGGUUUUAGUGCUGGGACUAGCAAUGGGCCAAGUAGCAGCAACAACACUGGAGACACAGGGGAGAAGGGUAGGGAGAGCGGUGGCAGCAGCAGCACGGGUGAUCAAGCCCCAGUAGGCGGGCAUGCUAAUGGGCACAUGGGCAGCGGUAGUGUUGCUGAUGCUACUCCGAGAGACAGCUUUUCCACUGCUGCUGCUGCUGCUGCCCCUCGGAAGCUCGCAGCCAGUCCCAUCACGCAGCGGUCGCCGCCCCGAGGGGUGGAUGUGGGGUUGGGGGGCGUGGCAUACGUGCCGGAACGCCCAAGCGGGGAGGCCUCAGGUGCAGCAGAGUCAAACGCGGGAGGUCAAGCGGGGAUCGAAGGGAAAGUUGGGAUUGAACCUCUGCCUGCGUCGGCGGUGCUGGCAGCAGGGAGCAGUGGGGGAGAGAAAACAGAGGGUGCCGCACCAGCUAGCAUCGACACGACACCACCACCAGCAGCAGUAGCAGAUGAUGCAGCACCCGCACCCCUCGCAGCACCACCGGCCGCACGCCCCGAGCCCAUGAUGCCGCCGUUGCCCCCGGGAGCGCAGUUGAAGGACGAGAGGGCGCUGCUGACGUGCAUCGUGCGAACACUCUCAGCGGACAGGGGCGCCAAGGCCCUCAUCUCCUCCACUGUUGCGCCGCGCCUUGCACGCCUGCUCGCCCCAUUAACUUGGGCUCAUUAUGAGCCUCUCUACGGGUCGCUGGACCAACUCAUUGCCUCCAAGCCCCAGUUGUUUGGCAUGGAAGGACCAGACCACGUGUUCCUGAGAAGCAACGCCCAUGCCAUCAUCGCCACACUCCCACUCCACCCCACCAUGCCUCUGCAGCAUCCCUCCUCCUCCAUCCCCUCCCCCGCCACAUCCCUCCCACUCGCCCUCACCCCGGCCGCCCCCCGCCCCCUUGCUCCCCGCUCACCCCCUCCUGAUGCUUCCGCUCCGACUGGUGCUGUAUCCGGUGCUGCUAAUGGAACCAACGCUGGUGCGAGUACUAACCCUGCUUCUGGUUUGGGAGCAGGGGGCAGCGAGGAGGGGGUGUUGAGGCGUGAGAUUGUGGGGCCGGGGGUGGAAGGGGCGGGGCGGGGCAGCCGCCUGUGGUUCGCCAAUGCUGCUCGAUGA